ACCAUACACUUGCCUUCCAUGUAAUAAUUUUCCUAUAUAUACACCACAUACAUUGAAUUGAACCUUAAACCAACCAUGGAAGAACCAAUAACCCAAAGCUCAAUUGAAGAUAUUUGCAAGCAAACUCAUGGCAAUUUGGGAAAUUUUAGCCUCUUGGUUCGGGUCUUCACGGGUCUAUCAACGCAACAUGAAUGCCAAAAGAUCUGAGAAAAUGGAGAUGUAUGGUGAAGAUUUAUUUGAUCAUCUACAUAACAAGAUUGAUUAUAUAUGGGGGAUCAAAAACAUGCACAAUCUUGUCAUUGUUGAUGAUUAAUCUACAUGAACGCCAUGCUAUCGUAGCUAAAAAUGCAAUCUUUAAAGAAAGGGGUUGUGUCAACUACAAGGCUCUCAUUGAGAUUUAUGUCGGCAGGAAAUCAAGCCAUUUUUUCCUCAUUCAACAAGCUUAUCAAAGUAAAUUCAGAAGGCAUUUGGAUCAAGACAUUAUGAGCAUUGAACCCCCACAUUCUUACCAAAAGAUUUUAAUGGCAUUUAGUGCAUCACAAAUGGCUCAUAGUGCAGAUGUUAGUGUACACAUUGGCAAGUGUGACGCCCAAAGACUAUUCCAAACAGGAGAAGCAACAAGUAGAGGGUUCAAGAUUGAUGAGGGAGUUGUGCUUGAAAUCCUAAGUAAAAGAAGCAUUCCACAACUCAAACUCACUUUUUCAAUAUAUAUGCAUAUUUAUGGUCAUUCCUAUACAAAGGUCAAACAUUUGACUACUAUUUCACAUGAUAAUUUUUGUUACUAUAUAAAUUGAUUCGAACAUGGUGAAUAAUUAAUUUGUUUUUUAUUGCAGCAUUUCAAAAAUAAAUGUCAUGGCGAGUUUGAAGAGGCCCUACGAUUUGUGGUGAAAUUCUUAAAAAAUUCUCCAAAAUAUUAUGCAAAGGUGGAAUUAUAUUAAAUUAACUUAUAUCACAUUAAAAUGUGGAAUUAAAUAAUUGUAUAAGAUUUAGGAUGUUUAAGUCCUUUUUACAAAAGGACUUUUUCUAAAAGGGGUAUUUAAAAUGUGUUGGGUAGAUUUUAAGAAUUUUAAAAGAUAAAAGUCAAAAAUCACAAAUAAAUGGUAUUUCAUGACUUUUAAAAAG